AUCAAACACAGAAAAGAAGAGAUUGGAGAGUAACAUAUUCUUACAAGAAGUUUAUAUCUAGAGUGACAGAAAAUUAAAUGGGUGUAUUUAAGUCCCUAGCUUUAGUCGCCUUUCUCCUUGCCAUGUCGACUAUUGUGUCGGAGUGCAGGGUUGCAAGAAAGGAAUUGGGUAUUGAUCUUGGUGGUAUAGGAUUGGGGAUUGGAGCAGGUGUAGGCAUUGGUCUCGGAGGUGGUGGCUCAGGGUCUGGAGCCGGGGCUGGUUCCGGUUCCGGUUCCAGUUCAAGUUCUUCAUCUUCAUCCCAUUCAAACUCGGGUUCAGGGUCAGGUGCAGGCUCUGAAGCAGGUUCGUAUGCGGGGUCUCAUGCAGGGUCUCGAGCAGGGUCAGGGUCAGGGGGACGCCAAGGUGGUUCGGGGUCGGGGUCAGGCCACGGUGGAGGAUAUGGGGAGGGUUCAGGCAAUGGUGAAGGUUACGGCGAGGGACAUGGCUAUGGAGAGGGUCACGGCAGCGGCGGUGACAACUAAAAUCCUUCUUCCCAAUCUUGCCUAGCUACUAUGUCCAAGUCUCCAAGAUAUUAAAAUGUGAAAACAAAUUAAUCCAUAACUAAAUAAAGAAAUAAAGUUGCAUGUUGGUAGCACAGCGAUGCAAAUAGGAUGUAUUUACCCCAUGUAAUGCGUCGAGUAUCAAAUGUUCAGAUAUAAUUUCCUAUAAAUAAAUGCCAGUCACCAAUGUUUGAUGAGUCC